AUGGUGGACUUGGAAGGUUUUAAACGUUGCAUGGGAUUCUUGACGGGCACGGAGCAGAUCAACGUCGAUGAGGCCGUUCGAUCGCGAAUAGCACAGUCUGCCACCUCGUUACAGUCGAGAGGCUGCAGCGUGCAAGAGGCAUUCGUCAUCUUCGACACAAAUCGCAACGGAUUCCUCGACCAGACCGAGUUCUACAGAUUUCUGGUGUCUUGCGACUCUCGGGUCAGCCAGCGGGAAAGCGAUUUGAUAUUUGCCGAGGAGCUCCGUCCGAAUCAUGCACCCAGCACAGAUGCCCACAGCCGUUUCUACGAUAUCGCGUUUUCCGCGGCCAACAUCAACCUUGAGUCAUUCGAUGCUCAGGGCUUGGCCAACCUCGCCUGGGCAGCGGCCGUACUAAGCAGCUCAAGCCGCACACGGCCCCUUCUGGCAGGCAUUCGAAGUGCAGCCGGAGCUGUAGCACGACGUGCGUCGACUGUCAGCCGCGUUUCAGAGGCCAGGACACUGGCAUUUUCCCUGCUGGCGUUGACGUGGGCAUUGAGCUUCCUGAAAGAGUUGGAUUGUGAGCUCGAACGCGGCGUUGUGCAAGCUGUCCGCCUACUGGCUGGGGUCUUGGACACUGGAGUCGACAUCCUGAUAGGAUUGACACCGCAGUCUCCGGGGUUGACCUUCGACUGCAUCACCAAGCCUCGAGUCAUCAUCGACGGCCCGGGAAUGCUGGUCGCACUGAAGCCUCCGGGAUGGGAGGUGGACACAACGGCGGACCAGACGGAAGCUCACUGUCUCUCCUGGCACCUGCAAGCAAUCCGGCGACGGGAGGACUGCCCAUUGUUACACUGUGCAAGCUAUGGGUUUGGCUUCAUCCAUCGCUUGGAUGUCGCCAGUUCCGGCCUAGUCCUGGCAGCCACUACUUUCCAAGGCCUGCUUUGGUUGCAAUUUCAGAAGGCUGUCAAUCGCAUCGAUCGAGAGUAUAUUGUCCUUUGCCAUGGGUUGGACCCCAAGCCAGAACACGUGAUCGACGCGGAUGUCACCGUCCGAGGAUGGCUAAAGGCUUCCAGGACACUGACCGAGGAUGCCGGCCUACCAGCAGAAUCCAGGCUGCGGUCAAUCGCGCAUCUGCGUCAUCCUGCCUUUGGUGGACUAUCUGCAAUCAGCAUCCAAAUCUUCACAGGAAGGCGACACCAGAUUCGCGCUCACACUCGGUGGAUGAGGCACCCGACAGUGUGCGAUGCCUGGUAUUCCCCCAGCGAUUUGCGGCUGGUCGAAUGCGACAUGCUCGGCCCGGCACCCAUGAGAGAUGCGCAGCAGAUGCAGCUGGCCCGAGCUGGCAUAAACUGCGCCGCCUUUUGCGACCGCAUCAACCGCACAGAGUUCGACCGAGUGGCUGGAUCCCGAGCGUAUCAUUACGUCAUACGGAGUCAGGAGCUGCCUUUGCUGUGGCAUGACAGCUCUCCACGCAGAGACGUUACAGAGUCCAAAUCCCUGUCGGAUUCAAACAUGCAUCCGAAGCUCCGCGUGCAACGGCCAGACAUGCUGACGCUGUCCUGCCCCGUCCUCACAUUAGAGCCACAGUUGGCGGCCCCAGAAAUGGAGCGGCUUUGGAGGGGACAGGAAAUGCCACAGACCCCACCUCUGGUGCCGCUGCAGACCUACAUUUCGAUUCCUUCGGCUACGGCAUCACACUCGCCUGGUGGUGCCUUGGAUGGGGAUUUCGCCGCGCCGCCCACCUCGGGCGAGCCGGCCUUGGUCGAGCCGACGACAGGUGAGGAGGAUAUUGCGCCGCCGGUCAUGGGCGUGCCCUCCUCCAGCGAGGACGAAGAGGAGCUCCUCGCCGAUUCCGCCGGGGCGCCUUUGGUGGGCGCGCCCCCAAUGGUGGUGGACGUCGCCGAUGUCGGGGUGCAGACGGAGCACAACGUCCUACUGCCCGCCUUCGACAUGAUCGACGUCGCGGCCCAGACCGAUGGUGAGGUGGCCUUUUCGUCCUUUGUGGGCGACACCCCCCAGGCGGCCUUGGCCGCUGCCAUCCGCGCCUUGUCGCCGGGGAGCCUUCUUCGCUUGGAUGGGGCGCGUGCCCAGCCGCUGGUGGACGUGGCGCCGGCCAUCGGUGGUGGCGCAAAGGCGGCGCCCGUCCCGCCGGAGAUCAACCUCCUCGACGACACGCCGGUGGCCCUGGUCGACUUCGACACUCUCGCCGCCGAGGCGGGGGCGGGCGACGCGGUGGUGCGCUACCUCCGGGCGAGGGGGCUCGCCCGCACAGCCACGCUGGCGCUGGUGGUCGCCGCGGGCGACCAGCCGUCCAUCAAGGCGGUCCUCCUCCACAUGUACCUGGAGGCUCGGUCGCAGUGGGACGCCUGGUCUGCCUACAACGCCAAGCUCCUCGACGGCAAGCCGCGCCAGUUUCCGACCCGUCGCCUGGCGGGCACCGACGCGGUGCUUGCUCGCAUCUACCAUGAGCACACGGUGUCGAAAGCCUACACCCCGCUCAUGCUAGGGGAGAUCUUGGCCGCCAGGACGCGGACUUCGGCAGACGAGCUGAACAAACUCGCCGCCGGGGGCCGCGAGUCCUCGGGCGGAGCUCUCCACAUCGUCGGGGGGGCCGUCGUGGCGGCCGAAGAAAAGAAGGCCUGGGAGCCCCGCGGCGUGAUGGCCUUUAUCGACGGGCUUGAAGCGGUCCGCCUCGCCUGGAUUCUGACAGGCCUCGGCGAGGAGGCGGACGUCGACGCCUACAUUUCCUGGUGGGACAAGAAGGCCCGCGCCAGGGCGGUGAACAUCGAGGCCCUCGUUCACUAUUGGACCUCGACGGCCACAACGCUCGCCAUGGAAAUGCGCCAGCGAUGGCGACGCCGCCCCCCAUGGGCGGAGCCCAAAGGCAAGGCCAAGCCACAGCCGCCAACCCGCCGCGAGCUCGACACGGCCGUGGCCGGCCCUCCCCCCCCUCCCCCGCCCAAGAAGUUCAAGGGCGGCAAGAAGGGCCGGAAGGGGGAGGGGAAGGGCAGGAAGGGCGGCGGCCAGACCAAGGGCGCCGACACCUCCUGGGAUGGCGCCGGCGCGUGGUGGUCGGGCACUGAGUCCGCCCAAGACUGGUCGUCUGGGUCGGGAAACGGGCGGCAAGCGCCAGGGCCAAUGGCAGUGGCGCUAGGGACAGCACGGGGCCGUGGCCGACGCGGCGGCUUCGGAACCCGACACGCCUCCGGCCAAACUGCCGCGACUGAAGACGAACCGCCCUCGCGGGUCGACAGGGCCUGCAAGGCCCUCGUGCAGAAGGCCAUGCCAUGGGUGGAACACUGCAGGGACUUUACCCGCGACUCGCACGACUUCUCCCGCAUCGCCCAAGAGGCGGGGCACCAGGGAGACCGGGGGCGCUUGUUUGAGGAGUCCGUCGCCUUCGUGGACGAGCUUCGCGCCGCCCUCAAGUCUCACCGGUUCGCCUUUCUCUACGAGAACGUCGAGAUGGGCGCGGAGGCAGCCAAGGUCUCGUCGGACGCCCUAGGCGUGCAGCCGGUUUUCGUCUGCCCAUCCGACUUCGGCUGGGUCUCUCGCCCACGCCUGUGGUGGCUCACUUCGGACCCGACGGAUGGCUCGCCCCUGGAGUGGGCGAAGAAGGGUUGGUGGGACCGCCUUCGGCUCGCCGCGGCCCGCUCCUCUGCUGAUUCCUUCCACCUCCCAAGCCCCGAUCGACCAGAGGGCGGACCCCACGCGAUGCAGACGCCCGUUGGCUGGAGGGCGGUCGACAGUUCGCCCCGUGGCACUACGCCGUAG